UUCGCCCAACACCGCGCAUAUAUAAACCCUAUGGUCGCUCAUUACACUUUUCUUUACACCACAUCCUCCCAUCCCACUUGAACGACUUCCACGCACAACUUCUCGUUUAUCAUGAGCCAUCUCGUUCCGCAGCAGGAAGAGAAAUCAACCGCAAAUCAGUGGAAAGGGAGGCUCCCCGUUGACCAUGAGAUGCCUCCACAAUCUCAGAGCACAAACACGACAUCGGAAGGCGCAGCAUUCCUCGUACCUCCCCAACAGGAGAAAAGGAGAGAUCCUAAUGUAAACGAGGCUCCCCUGUACAAGGUAUAUCAUUCAGGUGUCGAACGUCUCGAAAAGAAGAUCCACGCUCAUGCAUUCGUCGAUGAUCCGGACACCAGCAGCGACGCCGCUCAACGCCGGCAGAUGGCGGCGGCUGUCUUAUCUGGUUCUGCGGGAGUGACGGGUGAGGAUCUGGGAAUUGCUGAAGAUAAAAAACUGGUUUGAGAAAGGACUUCUGUGUGGGCUUCAUGCGUAGUCAUUGGGGCUUAUUGGUAAAUGAAGGGAGCGUAUUCACCAUGUAUUUGUAGGUAACGUUAUGGACAAAUACGUUUUUCUCGUCU